AUGAUCUCCCAGCGUAGCUGUCGCAUCAAAAACAUGAAACAACUAUUUUCUGUCCAUGCGGUAUUUUGGUCCAAGGCGUCAGUGGAUGUCGAGGUACAUUUGGCCGUCUUAUUGUCCAUGCACCUGGUCGAAUGGAAACAGAACAACCACGCCACCUCCAAAAUCUCUUCACAUCUUCAAGAUUUUUGGGGAUCGAAGGUAAUGAAGUUUGCUCUUCUCCAAUCGAUUCAUAUCAACCGCCCAGCCUACAUCCAUCUAGAGGAACUAGCUGCACCGCGGCGCCACACUAGAGGAUACAAGCAACCAUGUUUUGCAUUUGGCGUCUUGUUCAUCCCUCCAUUUGAGCCGAAUGGGGCUGAUUCCAAGGCAAAAUACGUGAAUGGAGUUGCUCCGAAAAGGAUGGUGAGUGUACGGUGGAGUGACUUUCUGAAACCGUACAGCCUCUUCAAAGGGCGGAAAAUGCUAGCCUAUUCUAUGAGUAGCUAUGAAGUACUUAAGUACAACAAGGAAACACUCUUGAACGAAACAAGACAGAACCAGCCUUCUCUACAGCUACGUUACGGCAUUAUUGAGCACACAGUCGUGAAUAUGCCAUUCUCUCAGAAGUUUUACGUGAAUUGGCGUUUUUUCGCUUAUUUCCUCAUAGUCCCCAUCACUACAUUCUACAGUGAGUCAUUAUUGGGCUCCAGAGAAAAUGUUACUAACAUUCAACCAGCACUAGUCUUGACGGGAUGUGUUACAAACUCCCCUGGGCUUCCGAAUCUACAUUUUUUGAAUCUCCAUCUGCCUGCUACCAAUCCACCUACAUCGACUGAUCUUCGCGUAGGCUAUUUUGGUGAGUUCGGUGAUAUUGAUACCCUGUCACUGAAGGCUAAUACUAGAGAAGGUAUUUGCAUCAACAGUUCAUCUGGCUUUGUUUGUUCCACGACCCAUGGAAUGAAAGCGUCAGAUUUAGCGUCCAAGUUUCGGAACACUACCACUCCUCUUCCCAGCGUUAAUGUGUCCGAGGGCCUCAUUGAAUUCGCAAUGACUCUACAAGGGAACAUAUUCCCUCCACUGUUGGCCGGCGCUGGUGCCAUCUUUGCCCUGGGCGUUUUCUUUUUCGUCAUGCUCCAAAGAGACGUAAGAGUGGGCGACCAAGUCAUCCGAGGAAUGAGCAACAAGAAGCUGAGCCCAGAAAGAACGGAGAGAUAUCGAAAAGGUGCCACUGUGUCUUUCUACAUAUCCUUGGGGCUGGCUUUGGCUUCGGCAAUGGCGGUAGCACAGACUGCAGCUGGUAUACAAUUCACACUUCAGGCGAUUGAAGGCCAAACAUCAGAAACGCUACGGAACCCUGACAACCUCUUUUUGACUGGCAAGGGACUGCCCACAAUAUCAAGCAUUACUGCCGGAAAGCCGAACCAAAUUCUACAGUGGUUCAUUGUCGCUUGCUCGGCAAUUUUCUCCAUUGGAAUUGGUCAGAUCUUCGACGAGCCAUUUUUCAAGGUUGCGAGGAAUCCAUAUAUGAAGGACCUGCCAGCUAUACCUCUACAAGGCCCACCUCCAAUGGCUGGCGGGCCACUACCUGGUGUAGUAGGGCCACCUCCACCGCCGAUGCCACCACUUCCACCCCCACUUCCACCCCCAGUUUAA